UUAAAAUAUCAUCUUUCUUUUUCUAUAUAUUUUAUGUCUGCUAUUCUACCUCAAUGGCGCUCUUGACUCUAGAACCGGUACUAACAGGAAAUUCUCUCGGCAGUGACACCACUGAUUUCUCUCUUGGUUCAAAAACAUCUUCGUUCCCAGUGUUUUCAAGGCCUAUGGACUCAAACAUAAAGCCUUGUGACAGCAGAAAAAGUGAGGAUAUCGAUUCUCCACAAACCCCUCCAGAAGUGACAGACUAUUUGUUAAAGCGAUAUAAUAAUGGCCCUGACUCGUUAAAUCCAAAGAAAACUGCCAAACGGCCCCCGAAAAAUUUAUUGUUUAAAGCUGUAUCUGAAGGAGACGUGGACUCGUUGAAGAGACUUCUCCAAGAAGCUAAAGAUUCGUCUUCCACAUUCACAAAGAAAGCAGCACAAGAUUUCUUUAUGUAUAAAUUAACAUCAAAAGACACUGGGAAAACAUGUUUGAUGAAGGCAUUGCUGAACAUUAAUAACAACACCCCAGAGAUAGUCUGCAUUCUGCUGUCAUUUGCUGAGGAGAAUGGAUUUCUGGCCAGGUUAAUUAACGCUGAGUACACAGAAGAAAAUUAUAAAGGUCAGACUGCACUGAAUAUAGCAAUUGAGAGACGACAAAGUGACCUGGUGAAGUGCUUAAUAAAAAAAGGAGCCAAUAUCAAUGUGCGGGCACAAGGCCGAUUCUUUAAUCCAAAGCAUAAACAUGAAGGAUUCUAUUUUGGUGAAACACCAUUAGCUCUUGCCGCAUGUACCAACCAACCUGAUGUGGUGCAGCUUCUCAUGGAAAACAUCCAGACAGAUGUCACCAUCCAGGACUCUUUGGGCAACACUGUCCUUCAUGCCUUGGUGACCGUUGCAGAGAAUUCAGAAGCACAAAAUGUCUUCAUCAUACGUAUGUAUGAUACAAUACUACGAACCUGUAAGAACAAGUCUUUGGAAAGUAUUGAGAAUAAUGAAGGCCUCACUCCAAUGCAACUGGCAGCCAAAACAGGAAAGACUGAGAUUCUUCAUUACAUUUUGAGCCGAGAAAUAAAAGAAAAGGAGAACAGAGUGCUUUCCAGGAAGUUCACAGACUGGGCUUAUGGACCUGUUUCAUCUUCACUGUACGACCUGAAGGAUGUAGAUACUUGUUCCAGGAACUCAAUACUUGAAAUAGUGGUUUACAACACCAGGAUUGAUAAUCGUCAUGAACUGUUGGCUUUGGAGCCUCUUCAUACACUUCUUCAGUUGAAAUGGAAAAAGUUUGCAAGAUAUAUGUUCUUUUUGUCUUUUCUUCUGUCAUUCACCUACAAUGUCGUCCUUACAUUAGUCUCCUACUACCGACCACGCGGAGAACAGGCUCUAUAUCCCUUAAGUCUGACAUAUGACAGAGGGUGGCUCCAGCUAGUCGGGCAAAUGUUUAUCAUUGUUUGUGCCACAUACCUGAUGAUCAAAGAGGGUGUGGUUAUUUUCUUAGUGAGGCCUUCGGAUCUUCGUUCAGUGCUGUCAGACGCCUGGUUCCAUGUUCUCUUUUUCAUCCAAGCGAUCCUGGUUAUAGCAUCAGUUUUCUGCUACCUUUUUGGUGUCAAAGAAUAUCUGGCAUUUCUUGUAUUAGCCAUGGCACUGGGAUGGGCAAAUAUGUUGUAUUACACAAGAGGAUUUCAGUCUCUGGGAAUCUACAGUGUUAUGAUCCAAAAGGUCAUCUUGAAUGAUGUUCUGAAGUUCUUAUUCGUGUACAUUUUGUUUCUGUUUGGAUUUGGAGUGGCUCUUGCUUCUCUGAUAGAGAACUGCGCUGAUGGUGACGAAUGCAGCGCCUACAAGAGUUUCAGCACGGCCAUUGUAGAACUUUUCAAGCUGACGAUUGGGCUUGGAGAUCUGGAAAUGCAGCAUGACUCUAAAUACCCUGUCUUGUUCCUUCUUCUUCUGAUCGCUUAUGUUAUACUCACAUUCGUGCUUCUUCUAAACAUGUUAAUUGCAUUGAUGGGAGAAACCGUGGAAAAGAUUUCAAAAGAAAGUGAGCACAUAUGGAGAAUACAAAGAGCUAGGACCAUACUGGAGUUUGAGAAGAAUUUACCUAUGUGGUUAAAGGGUAAAUUUCAGCUCGGAGAAUCUUGCACUGUCUCCAAAAAUGACAACAGAAUGUGUUUAAGGAUAAAUGAGGUGAAAUGGACAGAAUGGCACAAUCAUGUUACCUGCAUAAAUGAAGAACCUGGGUUUGAUAUGCAUCCUGGGACAAGCUACGCUAACUUGAUUACUGAUGAUGAAGCGGAUGGUUAUGAAAGAGACCAACAUGUUACAAUUGAUCUCAAAGAUUCAGCAGGGCAAACCUAUGAAACCACGGUCUAGAGAGUGGGAAUAAUAUACAGAAGACUCUGGCCUCCUGGAUGCUGUUCCAGCAAUUCCAAUAGGAGGCUCUUCUGCCACAUUGAACUUUGUAACUUAAGUAGCAUGGUGUAAAACACGACCUACCUCUGCUCUGUGGUGUGUGCUGGCCAACAUCCAAACUGUGAAAAGUUUUCAACAUAACAUGCGAAUCCCCAAAAAUGCUGUUAAAGGGAGAGAAAAUAUAAUUGAUGUUGCAUAUGCAGCAAUUGUUCUGUGAUGAGGUUAAUAUCAUUAUUAUUAUUCUACUUGUUUACAUUUCUUUUACCAAACGUUUGCACUUUAUAUAAUGGCUUACUCUAUAUAUAAUGGCUUACUCAUGAGUCCUUAGUAUACAAUGUGCACAUUCCGUAAAACUACAUAUUAGUCCAUAAGUCAUGUUAUCCAUUCACAAGACCUUUUGGAAGUGACUUGGGACCCAAUCACUAAGUUAUUAGCCUAUGUGGACAUCUCUGAUCUAAAGGCCUGCAUCUGUAAUCCAUUUGGUAGAUGAAGCCCAUGUAUUUCAUUAUAUUUUGCACUCUUAUUAUAUAAAGUUUGUAGGUGAUACUUCAUUUGAUGCAUUUUACUGAUGGUUUUUUAUG